CAGACAGAAGGAACAAGUCAUACAAAGGCCCUACGCAGAGCAUGCCUAUUGUAUUCAAGGAAUAGCAAGGACCUACGUGCGACUGGAGGGGAGACCGUGAGGGAAAGUGGUAAGCAUUGAAGUCAGAGAGGGAGGGGAAAGGAGAACAGACCAUGCAAAGCCUUUUCAGCCUUUUGUUUACUCUGAAUGCAGUGGGGACCCAGUCUCAGAUUCUGAGCGUCAUGAUCUGGUUUACAUAUCGACAGAAUCUCUGUGGCUAAGGUGUAGAGAAUAGGCUGUGAAGGAAGAAAAGGUGAAAAAAGAAAGAAGCUGGUGUGGAGGUUAUUGCAAUAACUUAAGAAAGGAAUGAUGGUGCCUUAAAGUUGGGAGCAGUAGAAGUAGUCAGUGGUCAGACUCCGGGCUUAUUGUGAAGUAAGCACUAAUGAGUUGAGUAUUAUUAGGUGUGGGAGAAACAAGAGUUAAUUAUGACUCUAACGUUUUCAGCUGGGAAGACGUUGGGACAAUAGAUUUCUAUCAGCUGAGAGGAAAACUGAAAAGCAAGUUAGGGAGGGAAGAUUGGGAAUUUGAUUAUGCACAAAUUAAGUUUUGAAUGCCUUUUAGACAUCCAAGAAGACAUGCCAAGUGGGUAUUGGAUCUAAAUUUGCGAGUUGUCAGGAUGUGAAUGGUAUUUAGCUGUGAGACGAGAUGAGAAUGCCAAGGGAGUGAAUAUAUAUAGAAGUGAGGAGGUGGACCAGCGCUGAGCCCUGGGACACUCUAAUGUUAACAGCUGAGGGUGGCGGGGGAAGAGAAAUAGCAAAAGACGUCUAGAGGAAAUAGAAGGAACAAACAGGAAAACUAGGGCACUGCAGUGUCCCAAUGCCUAGUGAAGGCGGUUUCUCAGGCAGGAGAAAGUGACAAAUUGUGUGAAACGCUGCUGGUGGUUGAGUAAAACCACUGGCUUUAGCCGCGUGAAAAUCACUGGUUGUUUAUGCCAAAAUCAGUUUCAGUGAAGUGGUGGAGGUGAAAACCAGGCUGCAGAGCUCAGUCAUGAUAUGAUCAUGGAAAUCACUGCUCUGAGAGCCCAACUCACAGACUUGGAAGAGGUGAAUCUGAAUCUCAAGAAGCAGAUUAGAAAAGACAUCCAAGAAGAAUAUGAAGCAUUGGUCCAAGCUUUGUUGAGACCUGUUUACACAAAAGCUCAACUGCUGAAGGAGUUAGAACAUAGAGUGACCCAGAAAGCUCUCACCCAGCAGGAGCUGGAUUUCAUGAAAACAUCCAGCAUGGAGCAGCUCUUGGAAGAUGUGGGGCAAAAGGAACAGCAACUGCAGCUCCUUAGUGAAGAGGCUGAGAAGGCUUCUAAGCUGGGCCAACUGCAGCAGAACAUGGAGAGAGACCGCCACCAGAUGAGAGCCCACCUUGCCAAGGAGCGCAGCAUGAAGCUGGAUGCUCUCCAGCGUGUAGAGGACCUGCAGAGUCAGCUUCAUGAUGCCCAGCAGUCAGCUGUCCCCAUGGGCUCACCAGGUGGCCUUACAUCCCAGGCUCGAUACUCCCCAAGUUCUGCUUCCACAUCAUCCAGAUACUGCCAGCAACACUUUUUAAAGACUAAUCUCACAGGCAGUAAAAUAACAGGACAGAUUCAAAGGCCACAGACUGUAAGUAAUGAUAAGGUUGGUUACAUGCAUUAAACAAUAAAGCCUUUCAAUUUGAUGUUAUGGUUUUUGGGUCACUUCAGACUUAAAUUAGAAAAAAUUAUAUAUCAGGAGCUUAUCUAGGUGCCUUAAAUCUGGAUAAGAAAAUUCUGAUGUUGAAAUAAUUAAGCUCUGUAAUAGCAUCUUCUAAAUUACAAGUCAAUAAAUGGGUAUGGAAUCAGUACCAACACCUUGCUGUGUUCCAUCUUUGAAUUUCUUUUUGUUCCCCCAAUCAUCUUCAACAAAUUAACUAGCAGCAUCAGACUCCUUAUCUGAGUUCCCCAACAGAGCAGAAAUAGUUUCGGAAGUCAUUUUAAAACAUGUGAGAAAUGUAGCCUUCAAAAAAAUUCUUAGGGUUCAGAUUAGCGUAUAUUUGAAGCACUUAUAAAAUGUUUCAGUUUUUAGUUUAUGUAAAACAACAUAUACUUUCUCUUCCACUGCCUUCUCUCUACUGCUUUAAUAAGUAUUUUACUCUUUGCUCCAUUUUCUUUCAGAAUCCCUUAUAAAGAUUCAUAUAUCUAAUCAAUACAUUUAAGAAUUCCUCCCCAUUACUUAAAGAAAAAUUAGGAGGAAGAGAUUUAAUCAUUCCUUCAGAGGAAAGUAUGCCAUUGCAAGAAAUCAUUUGACAGUGUAAUUCUGUAGCUGGUGGUCUAGUUAAAAGGACUGAAAGUUUCCAGAUUUCUAAACAUGCAAUUACGAAGGGGGAAAGACAGUUUGGGAAGAUACCCAAACACCAUCUUGACCAAGUGAGGGCCACAUUACUAAUGUCCACCGUUUGCUUGACUCACCAAUCUCUGUGCAGUCAUCUUUCUCAGAAACUUUUAUUAUAUGUCUGUGUUUCUGCAAAAGGCUUUUCCAAAAAGAAGCAAAGUUCACCUUGUAUGUGUGAGACCACAAGGGCUUUCAAGAAUCACUAUCUCCAUUUCACACUGAAAGCUGCAAGCAUCAUGGGAGUGUUGGUGAUCACAACUUGUUGAAAAGGCUGCUAAGCAGCUAAGUGCAUUAGUGACAAUUUAUUAUAUUUGAGAGAUUUAGAAGGAUGAUGGUCUAAGGCUAAUUGUUUGAUGUACAUUGCCCUACUAAAUAAAUAAACCCUAUAGUGAAGUGUCUUGUGGGCCCAUUUGCCCAGUGGCUAUGUACAAUAUGGGGACCCAAAGCAAAAAACCUCAAGGCCAGGGAAGGUACACAGUUAGCUGGAACUUCUUUAGAUCUCAGUUCUGACUUCUUAAGCAAGGCCUAUGAGACAAGUCAGAUAAAUACUGAUUGAAGAGGAAUUUAUAAAUGGCUGAAAUGUAAGAAUACAGUUAAUUUUCUAAAAAUUAGCCCUGCACUUACAAAAAUGAUAAGAAAUUAAGGAAUUUUUAGCUUACGCUAAAUAUGAGCUGUGUUUUCUUCCUUAACUGGAAAUGGCUUUCUAGUGAUGCUUUCCAUUAAUUCUUGACCAAUUCCCCACAGGACAAGCGGCAAAGUACGUACAAGAAGGCAUAUUACACGGCCUAACCCAGACUGAAUCAAUGAUCUUCGUCUCAAAAACAGAGAAUUUUUAUGAUGCUAUAACAAGAAUUAUUCACCAUGUUCUUAACAAACACCAAUAUCUAUUUGUAUUACAGGUACCUAUUAAACACAAAAAAAGGAUUGAUGAUGUUUUCCCACCUAAUAUGGCAGAAAAUGUUCACCUGACAGCUUUUCAGGUCCAAACAGCUCCAUCCAGAUUCCCAUUUAGAGCUGACUGGUGAUCAUAUCUUCUUUUUCCAACCUUUAUUUCUACGAGUAUUUGAAUGAAUAAAAAUAACCCUAAAAGCCA